AAAAGAUCAUCAGUCUAUUCAUGAAUUCGUUGUUGAGAGAUCUACUAUCAAGUGCGGAAUAAAUAAUUACAUGUUUUUAUUUAAUAUUAUAUUGAUUAUUUAAUAAGUGCAGAUAAAAAAGGAAUAUUUUGUUACUCUCAUUUAAAAUAUGAAUAAUAAAAAUGACCAGGAAAAACAAAUUCGUGUUUGGUGUGAUGGGUGUUAUGAUAUGGUUCACUUUGGUCAUGCAAAUUCAUUGAGACAGGCGAAAGCACUGGGAGAUGUGUUAAUAGUAGGAGUACAUACUGAUGAGGAAAUAGCCAAACACAAAGGGCCACCCGUGUUUACUCAAGAAGAAAGGUACAAAAUGGUUCGUGCCAUUAAAUGGGUGGACCAUGUUGUGGAGGGAGCCCCAUAUGUUACUACACUUGAAACAUUAGACAAAUACCAGUGCGACUUUUGUGUACAUGGAGAUGAUAUUACAGUGACUGCAGAUGGAAUUGAUACAUAUCAUUUGGUGAAAGAAGCUGGUAGAUACAGGGAGGUGAUGAGAACAGCUGGUGUAUCUACAACAGAUUUAGUUGGCCGAAUGCUGCUACUUACCAGAGAACAUUUCAAGAAUGUUAUCGUCUCCAGGAGAGGUGACAAAGAAUAUUCCGUGGCUCUGGAACAUUCGUCAAAUCUCGGCACAGAUUCCACCGCACGAUCGCCCUACACUGGUUGUUCGCAGUUCCUACCCACCACGCAGAAGAUCAUCCAGUUUAGCAGUGGUCUCUCGCCUAAGCCUACUGAUAGGGUGGUAUAUGUAGCGGGGGCAUUUGAUCUCUUUCACGUGGGACACCUAGACUUCUUAGAGGAGGCACAUAAACAAGGCGAUUUUCUCAUAGUAGGCCUGCACACAGACCUCGAGGUCAACCGCUACAAAGGAUCCAAUUACCCUAUUAUGAAUCUACAUGAACGCGUGCUCUCUGUACUAGCUUGUAAGUAUGUUCACGAGGUGGUGAUCGGAGCACCGUACAGCGUGACCGCCGAUUUAAUGGAUCAUUUCCGCGUAAAGGUGGUAUGCCAUGGGUUGACGCCUACUGUGUUAGACGCCGAUGGGUCCGAUCCCUACACGGUGCCCAAACAGCGCGGAUGCUUCAAGGUUUUAAAUUCGGGCAAUACCAUGACUACAGAUGAUAUAGUUCAACGAAUAAUCCGCCAUCGCUUAGAGUUCGAGGUUCGAAACUCUCGCAAAGAACAAAAGGAAGUUGCCAUAACUAAGGCUUUACAAAAAGGCCACAUAAAGCUAAAUGGAGACUGUGAACAUACGACGAAAGCGGCGAGUUAAGUCAAAUAUUAAUCUUAUAUAAUUUGUUACCAAAUAUUAAUAAUUUAUUUAUGUCGACACCAUGAAUAUGAAUUAAUGUAAGAGACAAAAUCAUUUAAAUAAACAAUAUACGUAGUUGAAUUCAGAAUUUUGCUCUAUCAAAGCGUGUAUUUAAAACUUCGUUACCUCCAGAAAAAUCAAUUCUUACCAUAUAUAUUUUUGCUAAAAAUGUUAAAAUAUUGAUCACACAAAAAUUAUUUUUCUAGUGUAAGUAUGCGUCAUAAUAAAAAAAAAUACUACUUAUAUAUUAAUCACUAUUUAAAAAUUUUUUUUAAGCUUACCAAUGUUGCGGUAUUUUAAAAUUUUGAUAUUUGGCGUAGUUAUCUAUUACUUUAUAUUGUUUUUAGUCACGAUUAUACAUAGCUAUUUUGGCUGCAAACUUCGCCUGUAGCGUAAUUAUAAAGAACGAGAUAGAAAGUUCAGUUUAUUUUCGUAUACGUUUACCAGUUUACUGUCUAAAAAAUAUUAAAAACUAAUAAUGCAAUUUUAAGCAAAAAAACUAGAAUUUUAAAUAUAUAAUUUGAAUGGCAAUCAGAACGAUAAAGCAAAAUAAAACAAAGCUCUCUAACUAUAUGAUACUUAUUUGCCCAUUAUUUUCUUGUAUUUCAGUAAAGUAACGUGUUUACAACUUUUCUUAAUAAGCUAUGGUAACCACUUACCAUUAGGUGGGCCGUAUGCUUGUUUGCCACCUCAGUGGUAUAAAAAACACAACCUAUCUCUAUAUCUAUAAAUAUUAUCUUAACUUUAAUAGUAAUAAAACCUUUUCAAAUCUAAGAAACUUGUGUAGUUGUUGUAUAAAAAAGUUAAAAUAAAAAUAAAAGGAAUUUUACUACUUCUACUACUAAUUAACAAAUUUUUUUUUUAUUUGUCCCUUAUCUUAAUUCACAUUUUCGGUAUCAAUAUGUUGUUGUGCUGUUUAGUUAAACUUAUAAUUAAAAUGUGUAUUUAUUUGUCAAUUGACUAUUAUUAAACAUAAUUGUGUUAUAAUUAUUAGAUGAUAAUGAAUUAUCUAAAAGAUUUAUUUUCUGAAACAAUCUUAUUUAUCUGUCUUAUCAAUACUCUGUCAGAAAAUGGUGAUAUUUCAAAAGACCAGUAAUAUAUUAAUGAUUAUGAUGAUAGUAUUUAUUGUAGGUACUAUGUAGAGAAAUCAUAUAUUAUUUUCAAUUGGGGACGUUCAUUGAAUUUCUGCCCCAAUUUGACAAUAUCUCAGUAAUUUCAAUGAUGGUAAACACUAAGAAAUUGCCUAAUUAAUCCCUCUUGGAUUAACAGCGGUAUGCUUGUUUCUAUUCAUUUAGUUUCUAAUAUGCACAAGAAAAAUGAACAAGUCUAGUUUUUUUAGAAGAUAUAAAAGACUUUAAAUGAAAUGACAGACUUAAACACGCAGAUAUCAACUUUAUACUUAUUCUUUACUUAUAUACUUUAUUACACAUACAAAUUUAUUUAGAUAUUAGAGAUCUAUAGCUGAAAACAGCUACCUUGUGUGGAGAUUUUAAUGUUUUAAAAAUGCUUUUAAAAAGCGAUAAAAGCGACACUGGUCAAGGUAUUUAUUAAUAAAAAAAUUAAGUUGGGGAAAAGGUCAAGUAGCUUCUUGUUAUGUUUAAUAGCAAAUGCCUAAUAAGAUUAUAUCGCGUAUGUAGAUAGCUGUAGUUGUCUGCAAUACCGAUUACCGAUACCAAAGUUGGGUACUGUGAACUAAUAUUAAAUUUAUAUUAAUUUUUAUUUGCUAAAUUGGAGAACUAGGUGGUCUAAUAUACAUAGCUAACGGGUUAGUUCGCACAGUUAUUCUGACCCUGUUGCAAGUCAUAAUCACGACGUAACUGAUGAAAUGCAGGUAUGAUGAUGAAGUUAUGAUUAAUGCGUUCAAAACAAAUAUUCGUGGUAAUAACCCGUUAAUUAUUUAUAUUAAGUGCUAAAGACGACCACCAAAUUCUUAAAAAAAAUAAAGGGGUCUAGAAUGGUCACUUUGGGGUAUUGUUAUAAGUUCUUAAAAUGAAAUUACGACAUGUAUGGAGCGGCAGUAAAAACGUUACGAAAACUUGUCUAAAAAGAAAAAUUAACCUUAGUCCAAUGUCUUUAAAAUUAGAAAACUACCCGGCAGUAAAUAUUCUAUAAUUAUAAGAAGAAUCGUAUGUCCGAUAUAUGUGGGGCUUAGACCGUGCAUCAAAGCCCCGCAUACAUAGCCAUAUUGUAACUAUCCAAUUUUAUAGAAAGAUUAUUGCUUUUGUCGUUUAUAUUAAUCAAAGCGAUUACUUUUUUCGUGUUUAGUAAUUGUUAAACUGUGUAGAAUAUCAUCUUUGUCACUCCACAUAGUUACGGCAUAUUAGUAACAUAGGCGAUGGUAUCGCGUAUUCACAUAUUUAUUGCCGGGUACUGUAAGUAUGAGAAUUAAAUAAAUUUUUUAUUCGUAAUAUAACUAAUGCCGCUAUAAAGGAUGUUAUUUUUAUAUUAGGUAUACAUUUAAAGUGCUAUGGAUGCAAAAGGACUUUCGCCUUCUGUCUAAUCAUAAUGUAGAUUCUUGUUUCCUUAGAAAUUUAAUAAGUAUGAAUAUUUCACAUUGUUAAUAUAUUAGCCACUAAGUAAGUUACUGUUUAAUUGUUUCGUAAUUAUGUACAUAUACCACCAAAGGUAUAGAUAAACGAAUAUUUUUGUAUACUCGAUUCAAAAAGGUAACAUACCUACAUGUCUUAAUACGAAUAUAAAAUGGUUGCCCAUGUGAAUUGUUAUAAGCAAUUUUGCUACUCAUUAUUAAGGUAGGUACAUAAUAUAAGAAUAGUGUAACAUCAAUUUUUAAUGUAAGUAUCUAUGCAUUUGUAAUUCAUAUUUUGCCCGCCUAUAUAUUGUAUGUUAUUGUAAAAAGACUAGCUGUUCCUUCAAUUUAUUCGCAUGCAUUUCGAUUGUAAUUAUGCUAUGGAAACCAUCUACAAGGUUAAAACGUCCAAGCAAUCACUCCAAAAUUAAAAUGUUAUCUUUUUCUGUCUAACAUAAGAUGCUGGUAUACAGUAUACAACUUGAUACUAAUUAUUUCUUGUGCCGCUAUUAAAGAAAGAAAUAAAAAGAACAUUGUUCAAAA